GAGAUUGCUGCCAUCUCAAAUGCGUGUCUCUUUACAAGUUUUGGAAAUGGCUGCAUGAAUAUGCUGAGACAAAAACGAAAGCAAGACGGUACAAUAUCUCGCAAUACACAUAUAGGCUACACUUCAUCAACAGGUUCUGAAUAGCCUGUUGAAACAAGUCGAUGCGAAAAACGAAAGCGACAAGCCGUGGGAUCCUCAGGCUAGGUGUAUGUGAAGUGAAGUCAUCUUUUCCAAGCUGUAUGUCAGUCAGAACAGACCAUGUUCUUUGAAACGUAAUGAGCCACAGAAAUAAAGCAGAAUGCAUAAAAGUCUCAUUUUAGGAUAGGCUACUCAACGUUAUCUGAUCUGGAACGUAUCCAGAACAGUGCCCUGCAAUUUGGUGAUGCAACUGCAACUUAGAUGUCAACUCUGGCCACCUUGCCCGAAAGUUGUGUGUCAGAAUUUGAAGGCUGGAUGAUAGUGACCACCGAGGGCGGUCUUUAGAGUAGUCUAGCCUCUUUUCCCAUGGACAGACUCUCAUUCAGUCAGUUUGUCCGGAGAUUGAGAAGGUCUGAAAGGUGUCCAACAUUUUCCAGCAAAUAGCAUAUUAAUAUUAAUACAACAAUGUUCGUUAAGUUUAUUUCUGCGGUUAUCACAAGGUCGCUUUUUAUUUUGGUGUCCCUCAUCGGAGUUUGGAGAGUGACAUCGGUAAAAAAUAAUAAUAAUUAUUGGCUUCUCACCAUCCUAUACCUACCGCUCGUGGCCGAAAUGAUAGUAACUUUGAAGGGAAGAAAAGGUAGCGACUACAAAUGGUUCUCCCCCGCUAUACUCCUCUUUCUUCUCAGCAUCAUUCCAAGCAUAUGGAUUUUAGAGUUGCAUCAUCAACAUAACAAAUCGGCUGAUGAUAAGUGUCGCCGGCUGGAUUCCUCAGAGAGCCUAAAGAGUAUUAUAAACAACUGGAGGAACUCAACUAAUGGGAGUGAAACCUUUACGGACUCGGUGAAGAUGCUUUCCUCGGUGUGUGCCAAUGACUGGAUCCUGGCGCUACACCAGAUCCUGCUCAUCCUUCUGAUCGUGGGCAAGUGGCUGCUGCCCAUCGGCGUGGGGGUGACUCGCGACCAGCUCUCCCAGCUGCUGCUGGUCUUCGUGGGCACCGCCGCCGACAUCCUGGAGUUCACCAGUGAGACGCUGUCCGACGUCAAGGAGUCUAGCCCAAAUCUGGUUUACAUCAUCCUAGCCGUGUGGACUUGGACCAUGUUGCAAUUCCCACUCCAUCUCUCAGUGUUGACCCCAGAUGAAGCAGACUCCGAGGGGCCGCAGGGCGACUCCUUCCUGUCCCGCCACCGCACGGACAUCUGGCAGAUAGUGGAGACGCUGUUCAUCCAGGACGGCCCGUUCCUGGUGGUGCGCCUCACAGUCAUGCUCCACUUUGGCGUCGUCCACCAGAUGCUCCUCUUCUUCGCCAUCAAGAACUUCCUAGUGGUCAUCCUCAACGUCUAUCGUCUCAUCGUUAUCUGCCAGGACUUCAAAUGGUCCAUGUGAGUCCGCGCCCCAUGCCUGCUUGCCGUGACACAUACAGGAAGUCGAGACACCUGAGGGGCACGUACUCAGGAAACCAGAUUGAGCCUGUUCGAGUUGAGAUAAGGGACAGUCGCAGACAUUUCUUAGCGUCAUUGCCAGUAAACAUUGAGGUUCCAACGAAAAUGCAUGCAGUAUAAAUAUUUGUUUUCAGACACAUGCCAGAGGGCAAUUAGGGGGAAGAUCAUUAGCUGAAAGCCUCACUAGGGAGCUUCAGAGUGUUCACGCAAGUGCAUCCAUGAAGACCAUUUACUUGAAAGGACUGUCAUUGAUUGAGUAUAAUGCACCAUCAGAAGUGGUGACAAGGCAGUCGGGCUAGCCUGCUCAACACCUUGGUUUAUGCACAACUGGGUGCUAAAUCCUCCUGAGCGUCAAAGAUAAACUUUAGAAAUAAAAACUGAGUGCUAUCCUUUAUUUCUAGAGUUCAACUGGAAGCCUGACGAAUUUGAAAUGUGUUUGGAAGUGAAAUAAUUGGCUCUAUUGUUGUUAUAAUUGUGUUGUAAUUGUCAAGUAAUAACAUAAUUCCUACCUCACAUUGAUACAUAUCUUAGAUCAGAAUUAAACAAUUCUCAAAACGCUUUGUUCAACCUCCAGAUUAUUUAGUCACUUGUGUGCACACAAAAGCAAUUUUUCAGUCUUUUGAACAUUUAGCAAAUGCCUUUACACAUUCAAGCCACUCGUCUGUUGUUUAGUCUUGUUCCUCAAGAUGCCUCUACUGCAAUGAGCUUUAUGCAGAACAUAAAA